AAACAGUUCCAGUUUACAGGAGGAGUUUUCGUGAAAAAUAACAGUUUAGCUAUUUGGACAAAGUUUAACAAAUUAUAUUUUAACCAAGUUAUUAAUUUCCACUGAAAAGAUAACAGCGUAAUUAUAGAAUAAACAAGUUAGCUAUCAGGAUUAGCUCUUUUGAGCAUAUCCGGCUAACAAACAUUCAGCAAACAUGGCGGUGUCCUUGAGCGGCGCAGGCAGCGUGAGGCUCCUGGGUGCUUUAACCAGGGCCGGAUCAUUAUUCAGCUCCUCUGGAAGCAGAAGCCUCCAUGUUACUUCAGUGUGCUGCAAGAAUCGAGCUGCCCGUAUCCGAGUGGGGAAAGGAGACAAACCUUUGACCUAUGAGCAAGCACUUCACCCUCAUCACAUUGGUCAUCGCAAGGGAUGGUUGUCGCAGCAUACCAGUAACCUCAAGGGAGAAGAGGGAGCAGCUGAACGCUCUGUAGAGGAUGUGUUCGUAAGGAGGUUCAUAUUCGGGACCUUCCAUGGCUGCCUGGCGAAUGAGAUUGUGAUCAAAAGACGCGGCAACUUGCUCAUCGUGUGCGCUUUAAUGCUACAGAAGCUCCCGCCGCAGAAGUUCUACUUCUUAAUUGGCUACACAGAGUCACUACUGUCGCACUUUUACAAAUGUCCCGUCAAACUAGAGAUUCAGACCCUGCAGGAGAAAGCUGUGUACAAGUACCUCUGAUGAAUCUGCUUUAAAACAAUAUAUAAAUGUAUGAUUUUGUUCCCUUCUCCAUUCCUGCUGAAUGAGUGUAUCCACCCGUUUCCUGUUUUCCCCAUGUGACUUUUUUUUUUUUUUCAAUUAAAGCUUCCAAAUGAAAGAAAAGUGUUUGAGUAUCGUGACACAUUAUGCUUGAAAAUAUAACAAUCUAAAGCCAAUAAUUAAUUUCCAAAUGAUAUAUCACUGGUUUGCUGUGUUGCCAAAUUGUUAUGUUUUGACCCUUGGAGUCACCGUGCAUGGUCAGUGAAGGGCAGUACAGAUACAAAUAAUGAAUACAAUGUAAUGGUCCAUAGUUUGUUGCUGCAUGGAAAAACUAGGAUUGGUGAUUAUUUGUAACAAUUCAUUCUCUUUAAGGGAAAUUUCCUAACCAAAACGUUUCACUUCUUAAACAUGCAAUGCUCAGUCAACUCCCUCAAUAUAGCACAUUGCAUUUUUUAUAUCUUUGUACAUUAAUAUGUGAUUAUAUUUUAUUUAGUUCUAGUGUAGUGCUACAAGUUCUUAUCAUCCAACUUCAACUAGGGGCCCAUAGUGUUAGCUGCUGCAUAAAAAGUUAAUCACAAUUUAGUAAAAUACCAUAAUAGAAUUUAUAAUUAAAUAAAAAUACACUUUAAAAACUUUACUUACAUUUGACAGCAUUAUUACAUUUAUAUAAAUUAAAACAUGCGUCAACAUGUGCAGCUUUAUAUAUUGUACUGUAUAUAUUUUGUAUUUGCUGUGUGAUUCGUAGGAAAUAUACAAACGACAGUGCAUUUAAAGUUUCUUUUAUUUUAGUAAUGUUUCAUCACAGUGCAAGUUCAUUCACAUUUAAGGCACAUGUUCCUGGUGAGUGCAAAUAAAAAGGCACACAAGUCCAUGUGAAAUUUCCCUUGAUGGACUCCUCACAAAACAAACAUCACUUUUUCCACAAGACUCAAGAAAUAUCACUAAAAUCCACUGUAAAAUAUUGUCACAACUAUCAGGGUUAAAAUAAACUGCAUUUCUAAAUCUGAGGCACAAAAUUGGAUUUUAUCUAUCAUGAAAUAAUAAGCAUGAUUUCAGAGAGUUGUGAAAAGCAAAGAAACAGUGAAGUGUUUACCAUAAGGGAGAAGUCUAACGUUUUGCAUUACAAAAACUUGUGUGUGCUGCAGUUAUGUCGAAAGAUUCAGCCACCAAUUAGCGUAGCUUAGCAUAAAGACUGGAAACAGAGGGAAAUGGCUAGCCUGGCUCUGUCCAAUCACCAGCAACUGUAAAGCUCACAAAUGUAUUCAUAAUAUGUCGCUAUAAAAAUGUUUUAUAUGACAAGUUGCUGUCUUAUGUUGGCUUUUGUCCCAGCUCAAGUGAGUGAGUAUUACUGGUGCUGGUAAGUGGACUUCGUUAACUUUGGACUGUGCCACGGCGGCUGGUUCCCUCUGUUUCCACAACCUUUUCUGAUAAGCUGAGCCAACCAGCUGAUGCAGGAGGCUUUAAAUGAAAUAACAUUUUGGACGAUUCCUUUAAAGAGAUGAUUGGUUGAGAGAGCUACAAGGUACCGGCUGUUUAAAUCAAUAAAUCUCCAAAACGACAAAUACUGGCAACAUUUUGUGUAUCUUCGAUUGGUAAAACAUUAACAUGGGACUGUGAACUCCAAACACUUUAAAGAGACAGUGCAUUGAUAGUGCAGUAAACAGGUACACAUGAGCCAGCAUGGACUGAUUGGUAGUAGAGUCAUUUCAGUAGAAUGAAUGGGACGAGGAGUUAACCCUGUCCAGGAAGAAAAUAGUACCACGCGUGAAGGCAUUGAUACGAUCACAGCUCAGCAGGCUAUUCGACUCGUCAUUGGAAAAAAAGAUUAAGGCAAUACACUUGCUCCCUUUGUGGUUGAGGGUUUGAAAAGAAAAAAUACACCAAGUGUCAAAACAACAAAUCAAAUUUUUGGCUGGCAAUGUCUCAUCACACAAACCCUCAUAAAAAAGCUGUGUCAUUUUGACAGAAAUGAAACAAAAAAGAUGUUGGGUGUUUAUCAAUGAACUGUAGAAGAGGAGAUUUUGGACGGAGCUGUUUCCCUAUAUUGCCAGACUUUAUGCAAAGAUACGCUCACCAGUUGUGGUUAUCCAUCUUCUCAUCUAACUCUCAGCAAAAAGGCAAAUAAGUGCAUAACCUUUUCUUGAAGUGUUCCCUGAAGCCGUGGCUGUGCAACAGUGAGGCAGCAUGAACAAGGCCUGUGCAGUUUUUAUCCUACCACCUCCCACCAGUACCCUCUUCCACCAACAAGGAACGGCUUCUGUUCCCAUUCGUACACCUGAUUUGGAACUGGAGCAUU